GCGCCUGCGCGGUCUGCGCUAAAAGCUGCGUUUUAUACCCAACCUGACGAGCCUGGCUAUAAUUUAUUAGUUCAAUUAAACAACGCCUUUGACACACCUUUCUCAACGGGAAUGUCUGGAGACAGCAGUGACAGAAUCAAUCUGGAUGCCCCAGUAUGGGACCAGAACACAUUCAUUGGAAGAUUGAAGUACUUUGCCUGGAUCACAGAUCCCCGACUAAGUGUUUGUUCCAGUUCGCGAUUGUAUGAGGCACGCACGCUACUCCAGCAGUACAGGUCAGGAGAUGAGCCCUGUGGAACCAGCCCAAAGUCUGUGAGGCAGGCCCAGCAGAUGUACCUCUCUGCUUUCCAUCCCGACACGGGUGAGCUGCAGAAUGUGAUUGGUCGCAUGUCUUUCUACGUUCCCGGAGGAAUGGUCCUCAUCAGUGGCAUGGUUGCCUUCUAUAGGUCCACAUCGGCGGUAAUAUUCUGGCAGUGGGCCAACCAAUCAUUUAACGCUCUUGUGAACUACACCAACAGAAAUGCUGAGUCAGACAUCACACCACAGCGUAUAGGUGUUGCAUAUGUGUCAGCCACAGGAUGUGCAUUGGUUGUGGCACUCGGGCUCAAAGGGGGACUUGCAAAAAGGGCUUCGCCCCUGUUUCAGCGGUUUGUUCCAUUUGCUGCUGUUGUUGCUGCUAACAUGGUGAACAUUCCACUUAUGAGACAGAGUGAGUUGCUGGACGGUGUGAGUGUGUAUGACCAGGCAGGUGUACGCGUCGGGGAGUCCCGCUACGCUGCCGUCAAGGGGAUUUCCCAGGUUACGCUCAGCCGCAUCCUCAUAGCAGCACCCAGCAUGUUGCUGUUACCUGUGCUGAUUGAGGGUCUGGAGAAGAAGGCAUGGUUCCGUCGUCGGCCAUUCCUUAAUGCCCCACUUCAGGUCCUUGUGUCUGGGGCUAUGCUGCUAGUGAUGGUGCCAGUUGGCUGUGCAAUCUUCAAUCAAAGGAGCUGCAUACCGUCCUCCCGCCUGAAAACUAUAGACAGACUGGACAUGAAAGAGAUUGAGAGCAGAUACGGCCAUUUGCCAGAGUAUGUCUACUUCAACAAGGGACUCUAGAUCUACCAUAUGCAACAUAUUUUACUGAGGGCCAUUUUUCUUUAAAAAAUUUGAUUAACCAAUUAAAUGGCUAUUAUUUGCCUGUUUUGGAAUUAUUAUAUUGACACUGAAUACUGAAUAGCAUUUAGAAUUGAAAAAAAACAACACCAUACAAUAGAUAUUUUUAAUAACUUGCAAAUUUGAAGUAUAAAAAAGAGUAAAUAAUUGUGCUGUUGUAAAACAAUCAUUUUAUGGACACAAUUAAGGAACCUAAUAUGUGGACAGAAACAAAAUGAUCAAUAACUUAUCAUGCAGUCUGAAAUCAAAAUGAAUUUUAUGCCAAUAUUUAUUGAUGUCUAUUUGCAAUAAAUUGGUACAUGUAAAUAAAUAUAAUCAUGUUUUUGCCAAAACUUGUGAACUAGAUAUAAGAAUUAUUUGUUUCACUUAAAGUAUAAAUGAGCUAGUUUGAUGAUGGAACCAUUCAAGCGUAGUGAUCAGGUCAGCGGUUAGUUUGAUAAUGGAACCAUUCAAGCGUAGUGAUCAGGUCAGCGGCUAGUUUGAUAAUGGAACCAUUCAAGCGUAGUGAUCAGGUCAGCGGCUAGUUUGAUAAUGGAACCAUUCAAGCGUAGUGAUCAGGUCAGCGGCUAGUUUGAUAAUGGAACCAUUCAAGCGUAGUGAUCAGGUCCGCGGCUAGUUUGAUAAUGGAACCAUUCAAGCGUAGUGAUCAGGUCAGCGGCUAGUUUGAUAAUGGAACCAUUCAAGCGUAGUGAUCAGGUCAGCGGUUAGUUUGAUAAUGGAACCAUUCAAGUGUAGUGAUCAGAUCAGCGGCUAGUUUGAUAAUGGAACCAUUCAAGCGUAGUGAUCAGGUCAGCGGUUAGUUUGAUAAUGGAACCAUUCAAGCGUAGUGAUCAGGUCAGCGGCUAGUUUGAUAAUGGAACCAUUCAAGCGUAGUGAUCAGGUCAGCGGUUAGUUUGAUAAUGGAACCAUUCAAGUGUAGUGAUCAGGUCAUCGGUUGCCCAAUAUGUUUAAUCAAUAUAAAAGCCAUUGCUUAUGAGUAAACUGUGUGAAAUAAAUAACUGAAAAAGAAUACCAUUUCAAAGUAGCUAAAGGUUCGAUUGUAUUGCUUUUGUUUUAAUUUGCAUCUGGAAAUGAACAUUAAAAUAACAUAUUGUGCUACUUUCACAAUUUGUUUAUGACAUUUGUUCUUCUUCUCCUUAUACAUGUAUCUUCUUAAGAUAGCCAAUUUCAUACCAAAUUGAUCUUGGUUAACCUAGGAAUCCAAAAUUGUAUUUAAAUGUUCUAGAUUGCCAAACUUCAUUUGAAUCUCUAUUGUUUUACUAAGCAUUCUGUGUAAUAUAUGAUGUUUACAUAAUACUGGAUCAUACCAUAUUUUGUUGAACACUUGUUUAUAAGGGGGGCUUCAAUAUGUAAGAUAAAAUAGUAUGAAUAUUAUAGUACUAUAAUUUAAAUAUGUAUUUAUAAAGGUUUUUUUUGUUUGUU